AUGUCGCAGCUCGACCAGAUCGUGAAAGGCGCUCCGCCGCCGGAGAUCCAGAUUCACCAGCCUGACAGCCCCGGGAAGACGCCGUCGCCCUCGUCGUCGACCUCGUCCGUCUCUACCGUCGCGCCAGAUCCGCUCUCUGCCCUGCCGUCGUCGCCGCCGCAGAUAUAUCUCAACCUGCUCAUCGUCGAGUCCGCCCUGCGCUCGCAGUACCUCGCCCUGCGCGCCCGCAGACGCCAGAACACCUUCUUCCUCCUCCUGCUGGCGCUCUGGAUCGUCUACUUCACCUACGCCCUCUUCUUCCGGCCGCGUGAGGACGGACGCGGGCUCGGGGGCUCUGUUUACUGGGUCGUCGAGACGGGGGAGAAGGUCGCCCUGACCGGCGGCGUCGUCACCGGCAUCCUCAUCUGGGGCACCGGGCAGUGGGAGAGAGGCCUGCGGUGGCCCCGGAGGUGGCUGGGGGUCACCAACCGUGGCAUCAGGGGGAUGAAUGCCAAAGUCGUCGUUAUCCAGGGGCCGUGGUGGAAGGAGUUGCUCUCCUACCUCUCCUUCAUCUUCCCGUACUCGGCCUUCUUCCCGUCAAACACGUCUUUCCACUACGUCGAGUACGAGCGGCCCGCCGCCGGUGCUGCUUCUACAACAACGCCCGCCGGGGAGGCGGGGAGGCCUGCCGGCCGCCGGCGUCGAGGCAGCUCCGUGACGAGCCUGCGCCAGCAGCCGGCGGACGAGGAAAACCGGAUAGGAGUCGAGGAGGACCUCGCCCCCGGGGGUGACUACAUACGCCUCCUCCUGCUGCCCAAAUCGUUCUCUCCGGCCUUCCGCAAGAACUGGGACGAGUACCGGACAGACUACUGGGAGAAGGAGAACGAGCGGCGGGCCCGUCUCCGCCAGAAGAUCAAGGAGUACUCCCGCCAGCAGGCCAGGGCGAACGCCGGCUGGCUCUGGUGGGCUAAAUGGAGAUACUGGAAACGGAGCUACAGCCGUGCCAUACCCGUCAUCAGCAAGAGCGGACGGGAUAUCGAGAGGUACACCCAUCGCAAGUCGCCCUCUCACUCCCGCCACUUCAACGAGAAACACCGCAGGACGCCCCCGUACUCCGACUCGCACUCGCACUCCAGGACCUCCUCUCGAAGCUCGACGCCGCACCCGGUCUCGGACGUCGAGGACAGGCUGCCCCUCGACCGCGAGCGGAGGUCCUCGGUCUCCCGUCGAGGCAGCAGCGGCGCCGCAGCCAUGCCAAAGAGGAACAAGUCCAUCUCUCAGUCGAGCAGGUUUUCCACCCCCUUAACGCCGUUGUCAGCCAGUGCAGAUGGCGAAGUGUAA